AUGAUGAUAAUCUCUUUGAUCACCAGUAACCCACCAAUCCUCCUCCUCGUUAUCAUCCUCUUCUUAACUCUACUUCUAAUCCUCAAAUCCCAUCUCAAGCCGAACAAUUCAACCUUUCCCCUGCCUCCAGGGCCAUGGAAGCUCCCCGUCAUCGGAAACCUCCACCAGCUCGCCUUCUCCUCCAAAUCCGCCCUCAUCCACCACCGCUUCGCAGAAUUAGCGAAGCAGUACGGCCCCGUGAUGCAUCUCCAGCUCGGGGAGACCUCGAACGUGCUGCUGUCGUCCCCUGAAACAACCAGAGAGUAUCUCAAAACCCACGACCACAACUUCUCGUACAAGUCUUACACGCCGUCGGCCAGCAUCAUCUUCUACGGCGGCAGGGACAUCGCUUUCUCGUCGGAGGGGGAGUACUGGCGGCGGAUGCGGCGGAUCUGCACAUCGGAGCUGCUGACGGAGAAGCGGGUCCGGUCGUUGCGGCCGAUUCGCGAGGCAGAGGUCGGGAAGCUGAUGAGGUUGAUUCGUGGUCGUAGCGAUCAGCGGCGGAUCGAGAAGUUGAGAUCAGAGCCCAACAGUACUUCUGGCUCCGCCGCGGAUAGCGUCGACGGCGGCGGAGCGGUGAACUUGAGCCAACUACUGAUCUCGAUGUCCAGAGCCAUGACAUCGAGGACGGCGUUUGGGAGGUUCCGGGAGCUGGAGGGAGCUUUCCUGCCGCUGAUGCGUCGGAUCACCGAGCAGCUUGGAGGGCUCAGCACGGGAGACAUCUUCCCUUCCCACAGAUGGUUGCAUCAGAUCACUGGAACAGAGAGACAGCUGAAGAAGCUCCACAAAGAAGCAGAUGCCAUGCUUCAAGGUAUAAUUGACGAGCAUUUAGCAAAAAGAUCAGGAGGAACGGAGGGAGAGGAUCUAGUUGAUGUGCUGUUGAGGUGCACAGAAGACCACAUUGAGGUUAAAGCCGUCAUCUUGGACAUAUUCCUAGCUGGGGGUGACCCUUCCCCUACUAUCAUUGAAUGGAUCAUGGCCGAGUUGAUGAAGAACCCUAAAGAGAUGGAAAAGGUGCAAAUAGAAGUGCGAGGUGCGUUUGAUGGAAAGGGGGGAGUAGUAGAUGAAGAUUACUUCGAUGAACUACACUAUUUCAAAGCCGUCGUCAAUGAAACUUUCAGGUUACAUCCUCCUGCUGCUUUGUCGCUACCAAGGGAGAGUCCAGAAAUGGUUGUGAUUGGUGGCUACCAGAUACCAACAAAAACAAGAGUCAUUGUCAAUAUGUGGGCUCUAGGUCGAGAUCCCUCGCAUUGGACACAACCGGAUCAAUUUAUGCCGGAGAGGUUCCUCAACACGUCUCUCGAUUAUAAGAGGAAUGAUUUUAAAUUCAUCCCAUUUGGAGCUGGACGAAGAAGCUGCCCGGGCAUGAACUACGCGAUUGCUUCCGUGUAUCUUAUACUCGCCAGUUUGCUCUAUCAUUUUGAUUGGAAGCUCCCAAAUCAAAUCCAACCCCAAGAGCUUGACAUGGCUGAAGAAUUUGGAGCUACCGUUGCAAGAAAAAAUAAUUUGUAUCUCAUUCCCACCCCUUACAAUGCACCCUAG